UAAUUGGAGAAAAACCCGUAAUAGAAAAAUCUUUAUUUGACUAUUUUUAAAUUUCCCUCUCGUUGCUGUCACUGUCAAAUUUCAACAAGUGCAUUGUGGACAUGGUGGAUCGUUUUUAUCAUUGUAUGAAAAUUAUAUUUCCAAUUUGCAGAUAAUCGUAUAUAACGUAAACCUUCGUCCACCCAAUUAAAGUGAAGUUUGUGAUAUGCCCUUUAGAAUUAGUGGAUUUGUGUAUGUGAUUUGUGAAAAUUUGAUAUAUCUAUUAGGGGGUCAUUUUAAAUGAACCUAACCCAACGUAUUUGUCUUCAGUAAAGUUUUAAAAGAUUAAAUUAAAAUCAUGUUUUGGAAAUACAAUACGAACUCUUCCCAGUUAGACGCUUUGCUAGCCAAAGAGGAUGUUACCCUGCAAGAAGUUAUGGAGACUGAUGACAUCAUUAAUGAAUGUAGAGUUCAGAAUAAACUUUUAAUUGAUUUUCUUCAAAAGACAGAAGUCAUGGAGGAGCUAGUAACUCUAAUAACGAAAGAGCCGUCAAUCGAUAUAGAAGAGAAAAGUAGAUUUAAGUAUCCAAAUAUAGCGUGCGAGCUGCUAACUUGUGAUGUACCCGCUUUAAACGAACGACUUGCUAGAGAUGAAGUACUUUUGGAUAAAUUAUACAGUUUCUUGGAGUGCGAUCCGCCGCUUAACCCGCUCUUAGCUUCGUAUUUUAGCAAAGUUAUGGGUGCCCUUAUCGCAAAAAAGACUGAGCAGAACUGGUUAUCCUAUCAGUUCACUUGCUUACAGGUCCUAGACUUUUUAAAGGCUAAGGACACCUUUAUAUCAUUACUGCUCAAGCACUUAGGCACUUCCGCCAUCAUGGAUCUCAUGCUCAAGCUGAUGACGCAAGUUGAAGGAGUCGAAAUGAAUCAGAAUAUAUUAAAUUGGUUAGACAGCAAAAGAAUCAUCCAGUCUUUGAUAUCCCUGUUAAGUCCAAAAGUGGAUAGAGAAAGACACUAUAACGUUGCUCAAUUACUGUGUGAUUUUGUGAGGAUUUCUAGAGAUAAUCAAAAGCAUUCUGUAGAGAGAGUCGAUCCAGAUCCGUUGCUGAACACUUUAGAAUCGCAAGAAACAGUAUCCCUCCUGCUAGACUAUAUUCUCUUAGGUGACGAAAAGAGCGAAACCGCUAUAGUAGGUGGCAUUCAAGUACUUCUUUCUUUGUUAGAUGCUUGUCCUUCGAAUGUAAUGAAGUUUAGUUCGACUCAGACUCUCUAUGGAUCUACUAUAAACGAUGAACCUUGUGAUAGUGAACAAAAACAGAGGAGUAUAUUUAGUACGACUCAAGUGAUUAAAGAUAGAAUAAGAGACUUUCACGAUUUGCUCCUAGAUCCACCAAAGCAAGACCCAGUGCUAACUACCGUAGGUAAUUUAAGUCCGCCUUUAGGUAAUACUCGUUUGCAAGUUACCAGACUGUUCGCCGUAUUGAUAGCUUCCAAUAACAAAGAAUUGUUGAAGAAUGUCGAGGCGACCGAUACGUUUUCUGUGUUGUUAGAUCUUUUUUUUAAAUACCAGUGGAAUAAUUUUUUGCACACUCAAGUGGAAAAUUGCCUUAUAGCUGCGCUUAAAACUCAUUCUACGGAGGAAAAGGAUGAGAAUUCAAAUGCCUUAAGUAAACACUUGCUGCUCAAGUGUAAAGUAAUCGAAAGAAUUAUAACUGCUUGGAAAGAAAAUGAUGAGCAACAAUCUCAGGAAAAAGGAAUUCGCAAAGGGUACAUGGGCCACCUUAUCAGCAUUAUGAAUAAGAUAGUAGAUUUGUGCAAUAAUUCUUUAGGUCAAUAUCUCAAGGAUAACCUACCAGACGUUGCCAAAAGUUUAGAUGAAUUUAAAGAGAACACUCUCGCAGAAACCAAUAGUGUGCAGCGAUGUCUGUUGGCUGAUGCUCAUCCCAACAGUUCAGCGGAAGAUCCUGACAAUUAUGAUAACCUUCCGUUUUCCCAAAAUGGACCCUUACUCCAACAGAUGUACUUCCAAUAUCAGAUGCAGAACCUGACUCCACAGAUCAUAGAAGGUUACAGUGGUUUUAAUGAUGAUGCGUUCAAUGAUGGCGAUUCCAUUCUUCAAUCCACUGACCAAAGGAGAGCCAUUUAUCACAGAGGAGAACUCAACUUCGAUCUCCCUGAAGAGGAUUUCCAGCAUAUCGAAGUCUUCAAACAAGUAUGCGCUCAGAGUAUUAAUACGUUGGAUGAUGCAGAUGACCAAAUCUUCGAUGAUAGGGAGCACACUUUCCAAACAGUGAUAGAAAAAAAUGACAAGAAUAACCUCAUUUAUAGUAGUGAUAGUGAUGAAGAACUGCCUGCUGGCGACGACAAUAUGGAUGUUGAUCCUUGGACAUCUCCCAAGCCGUCUGACCAAGGCGCGCCAUCUUUUCCAAGUGGCGAUCCUUGGAAUGCCAACUGCAGCACUCCGCCCAGCGACGAUAACACAGUCGGCGGAUGGGCCGACUUCAGCUCCGCUCAGUUCGAGGCCAACUUCUCUGGCCAAAACGAAAAUUCAGCGAGAGGCAGCAAAGACAAAGAAGGAAGCAGAUCAAGAGUAGUUCCUAUUGUGAUGGAAAAAGACCUAAAAGUGGAGAAUGUCGAUGCGGAUGAGGAGAAGGAAUCGGCGAAGAACUGCGCUGAAGGUGUUGCCCAGUUGGAUAUGUGCAAUACGAAGAGUGCCGCUGGAGAUCAGGGUGAUAUUCCGGUAGAGGAUAUUGAAAGUGGCAAAACCGUUGAAAGUAAUGCAACUGUUGAACCGUCCAAAAGCAUAGCGGGCGACACUAGCUUAACAACAGCACCAGCGAAUCCAGAGACACCGGAGCAAGAUAAAAAAGUUUGAGCAAUCCCUCCACAUAUCAAUCGGGAAUCUACAUAGAAAUCUUAAGAAAAAUGUCGUACGAAAUAUUUUGUAAUUCAACACAAAUAAAAAAAAACAAUUUAAUCACUUGUGAGAAUCUUAGAACAAUAACUACUGCCUCUCAAACAAUAGUGACACACACGUCGCAAGAAUUUUUUAAGCCCUGCGCAAAAUGCAUACCGUGUUUUAUUGAUACAUUUAUACACUGCGCGUCAGAGAAAAUUGGCCACUCAUAAAAUUUAAGAAAUGUUUUAUCUUUUUAUUUUUUUUUCUUAUUUAAAUCAAGUUAAAUCAGGGGAUCGAACCCGUGUAUAUUAACAUUAUAUUAGAUUGUGAAUCAAGCACAUCAAAAUUCACCCAAUUAGACACGCCAACUGAAUGUUUUAAACUUUUUGACAGUCAUAUUUGCUUAUUGUGUAAGUAAUUAAUCAAAUUAGUUUGAUUUUUGUGGAAUUAAAAUAUUAAAGUAAAACAAAAUAUAGAGUAAGAAAACAAUAUAUUCGAUGAACAUUAAUAGAAAUUUUGUUGAAAAUCAAAUUGUGUAAAUCGAAGCACAACUACAUUUUACAUUUUCCAAAUAGGUAUAUAAUUUUUUAUUACAUUACUAAAACAUUUACAGUUAAAUACCUGUUGCUUUUAAAAACUAUUUAAAAAGUCAUUAAAACUAUAAACUUAUUUUUAUCUCUGCUCUCACAACAAUAAAAACUAAAACACAGCAUUUGUAAACUCACAGCCGCCAUAUUAAAUAAUUUUUGACAGGUUAUUGGAAUGCCCAAUCAGAGCAAACGUAUAACGUGUCUGAUGCCAUUCAUCUGCGCGUAGGGCUAAAAAUUUUUGAUGAAUUCGCGCACAUUUACAUUUACUUCCAAUCCCAUUUUUCCCAAUCGCGCCUCAAGAAGUAUAACUUCAAAAAAUAAAAAAAUCUGAAAUUUUGUAUGUGGCCCGUUUUCUCUGACGCGCAGUUUAUAUGCGAUAUUUAUUUAUAAUUAUUAGUGUAUUUAUUUUUGUUUUCUUAGCAGAAAGCACUAUUAGGCUCACUGGCUUCUAAAUAUAAUACACAGGAUGAAUUUUCAGUAUGAAAAAUCAAAUUUCUAUAUAUCUUAGCACAUGGAUUGUGCUGAGUCACACGUGACUCAAUAAUUCGUAUUUUUGAAAUCUCAGCACGCAUUACUGACGUUUUUAGUCAUGUCGUUAAAUGACAGUUCUAAAAUCUCGCUUUAUUAAAGGUGGUAAUUAUUAAUUGAGUGAGCUAGAAGCCAAGGGGUAUAAAUGUCAAAAAGUUGAUAUUGAGAUAUUUCAAUUUGAAAUAUUAUUACUUAAAAAAAACAGAAAUCUAAAAUAUAUGAGUCAUGCAUCUAAAAUUAUUUGUUAUCUUUAUGUUUAUACCAUUGAUUAAUAAAUAUAGGGGAGAAGAUACGAAACCCUGUGCAUUCUUUUGUUCCCUUUAAAAUCUGCCUGUAUAGUGGCGCGCCUAGCGUAAAUUUGUUGAAGCUAGCCAAGAACAAGCACUUAUUCUACGUGGUCCGUAUUCAAAAUUUUAACGCACAGUCGCUAUCAUGUUAAUCUGUAUUAAUUUUUUUUCUGCAAAAACGUUGAAAAUAUAAAUUGACUUUAGAGUUUUUUUCACUAGUCUUGACCUCACAAGUAAAUACUUUUCGAGUUAUUUGCGCGUGGAUAUAUUCAUGUUCCAAAAAAAGUAUGUUUCAUGAGGAAAUGAGGAAGUAUUUCGCCAAAAAAAUAUUCAUAGCAAAAAUACAGCUUAUAAAAAAAUGAAAAAAUGUUUUAUAUAUGACAUAUGAAGUCGUAGACCCAGUAAGAGCAGAGUUGUGGCUAAUAAAAAGUAGGUUCUUAUUCGUCAAAUUCCAAAUUGAAUAUUUCUUCGUGAAAUAACCAAAAAAUUAAGCACUUUUCGGGGAAAUCUCAUCAUAACUUUUUUAAAAAAGUGUUUAAAAACCGCUUUAUUUUUUUAAGUUUCUAGUAUCAGAAGUAAACAAGUUGGGCACAAAAUAAAGUUGAUCCGUUUUUUUUUGUAAAAAAAAUCUUAAAAAUCACCUUUUAAUUAGCAUCCCACAUGAAAUUAAUCAGUAGCGCUUCAUAAGUUACUUUACGUAUAUGUAUGCUUAUAGAGUAAGUUUCAUCGGUUCAAAGUGCGUAUUUUUGAAAGGCUGUAGUUAAAAGGGUUUCAAUGGGUCACCAGUCACGAGUAUAUGCAAAUUUUAAACAGCCAUAUCUUAACCAAUUUUUGUGUUACAGAAAAACAAAAUAUUCAGAAAAGCAAAACCUUUACACUUUGGGAUAUUUCGUAUCACUGAUAAUUAGGGAGCGGAUAAAAUUUAUGCUAAAUGCAUAUUGCAUGCAUAUUUCGCAUAUUUGAGAAUUUUACUAAAUUUUGCAUAUUUUUAAAGAGACAUGCAUAUUUUGUGCCUAUUAAACAACUUCAUUUUUUCUUAGAAAAUACCCGAUCUUUAUAAAAAGUACUUAUAGUGCUUAUAGUAACCCGUUAUAAAAUGAUUGUAGGAUGUUAAAGUGAUGAAGGAUGGUUUACCCAGAAAUCCAAAUUUUAUUUACUUUUAUGAUAUUUAGUCGGUAUGAUAGCUAUAAUUCUAGUGAUUCUUUUAAAUCCUCUAUUGUUAAGAGAAUUUACACCUUUAACCAUAGUUUUACGAUUUUCUAACGGAAAUUAACAAGUUAUUUUAAAUACGCCCCAAUUACUUCUACUGAUGUUGAAAGGAGUUUUUCAAGUUAUAAAAAUAUUUUAUCUGAUCAAAGAAUAUGUUUCCUCGUAAAGAAUUUGGAAAAACACAUUGUAGUGAAUUAUAAUCGAAAAGAAUAAUAUAUUUAUAGUGGUAUUGUUGUUUUAUUUUAAAUAGUAACUAUUGGUAGCAGUUUUUGUAAAAACUGUGAAUAAAUUGCAUAUAUUAUAAAAAAUGAUUUUAUUUGAAAGAUAAUAAAUAAGAUUGCCGCUCCCCCUAUAAAAGAACCCCUUAGAAUAGGAUAGAAUAGAAAAUUUGUGGUUUCUCGAAAUGCGCAUUUUUUGAAUUAUUAUGCAUAUCUUGCGCAUAUUUCGUAAUUUUUUACCGCAUAUAUAUGCGCAUAUUUCAUCAAAAUUGAUCGCAUAUAAAUCCGCUCCCUACUGAUAAUUAUAAAGUUAUUUUGAAAAAAAAAGGCAUUUUUCUUUCAAAACAAAAAAUUGCUGUAAAACUAAAUUUACGAUAAAACUUACAGAUCAUGACAAGGCGAAAACGGCGGGUCCGUUGGAAAAAAUAUUCCCAUGAGAUUUUUUGGCAUAAUCACAUUCGUGAGACAUCCCAGAAUAAGGUUCAAGAAGUCGCCCACGUGAAAAGUGGUUCAUUUUUUUUUUAACCAAAUUGCAAAAAUCAAUAUUUUUGGCUCGGACAUUUUUUUUGUAGGUUUUUUGGGCCAUUCUGGAUAAAAAAGGUCUCUUAUUAUUUUUCUCUGAAGUUGAUCGUUUUCGAGUUAAAAGCAAUUUAAAAUUGAGAAAAAACGAAAAAUGGCGAUUUUCAAGGCUUAAUAACUCGGUUAAAAGUUAUUAUUAUGAAAGUGUCUGAAAGUGACUAAACCAAAGUUUAAUGUCCCACCUACAAGAUCCUGAAUUCAAUAAGUAUACUUAGUCACGAUUUUCCCCCUAACUCGGAAAAUAUCGACCGCAUGAAAAAACUUGAAAGAAAUUGUAGGAAAUCACAACAACUUAAGUCCUUACCAUUUUUUCGAAGAGUUUAAAGUGGUCGAGCGGUUUACUUCGUCAAUUUUAUAUUAAGUAAAUACCGUUGCAAUAUCUUCAAACAAAAUAUACAAUCAUCAGAAGAGACUGUAAUUAACGAAAAUACCUACCUAAUUUUUUAUCGAGAUUAUGAGGCAAAUAAGAUAAAUGUACAAUAUCUAAAAUCACCCAGUGAGUAUUUUUCUCGUUAAAUAAUUUUUUUAUUUGGAAUAUUUAAUGAUUUCUUUCAAGAAUUCAAAUUCUCCCCUAUAUUUAUUAAUCAAUGCUUAUACUUUAUUAUGCAACUUAACAUUUUUUAGCUAUAUUUUUCUUACAAGCCCGGACUUUGGGGCAGAGUUAGAAAAUAUCUUAAUUUUGGAGAUAGUUAAUCAGAUAAGUAAUAAAAAUGCGUCAAACAGAAAAAUCUUUAAUGUAAAAUAUUUUACAGUUAUUAUUUUCAUCAGAUUCAGUGAGAUUCUGAAUAGAAUCUCACUGAAUACAGUUCUGAAAGUAUUAUCAUCGUUUUGUCUAUUUUGUUGCCCUGCAUUAACUUUCUAUAAAACUGUCAAACUUGAUAAAUUUGACUAUUUUUAUCUUUUAAGAAGAAUUGAAAAAUUAAUUUCUUAAAAAAACAAAAAUCAGUAUUAUAAAGUUCCUUGUGAAAGAGUUUUAAUGGAUAAUCUUUUUUAGCCAUCGCGUUUUACUUAUUCCUGUAAACUUGAUUUCAUUGUAUUCUCCAUGGGAGAUAUAACGUAAAAUCAUCAGGCUGCAUUUUUACCACAAUAAUCUUUUUACUGGCCACUGCUAAAAGGCUCUUUGCUUUUUCAAAAAUUAACAAAAGCUUGGUCCUGAAAUGAAUAUAACAGUUUCCUUGGUGGCAAAGGGAUCCAAGUAUACUUGGACCCGUUUAGCUCUUAAACAAUUGUUUAAAAUAUGGUAAAAACCAAGUAAAUGUAUAUAUUGUUUUGAUUUUUGCAUUUAACUCAGUAUUAAAAAACUCAACUUAAACCUCUUGAACAAAAAAUCUAUAAUUUUUGUUGAAUCUUAGAGCCGUCACACUUGACAUAAUUUAGUUGAUUUGUGAGCCUAGAUAUAUAUGACUUUGACCAUAAUAUGGUCAUAUAUCUAGGCUCAUAUAUUAUAAAAGCCUAGAUAUAUGACCACUUUUACUCUUUCGAAAAUUUAUGUUCCAACCGUUAGAUUUUUGGGUUUUGCCACUUACUUAUUAUUUGUUACCUUCACAUACCUAGUUUUACAAGUAUUAGAGUGUAGUUCGAUUUUGUCCGCAUAUCAUCUGGGUUUUAGAUAUAUUAAUUUUCAAUACCUAUUCUAGCGAGGAAAGGUAGAGCUGAUUUAAAAGUUCUUUAGCCUCAUCUAUCAUAUCAGCUAUUAGCACAAUAUCAUCUGCAAACCUCAGGUGGCUGAUAUUUUCUCCGUUUAUGUAUAUUCCCUUGUCACUCAGUUUUGUUCUUUUACAUAUAAUAUAUUCCAAAAACGUAGUGAGCGUUUCCUUACCGUUUGUUCUAUUUUAAUUGUUGAAAAGUAAAUAUCUCAAGAAAUAUAGAAAUUUUUGAUUUUUCAGUGUUAAUUUGAAAGGUAGUUUUUUGUUUAAGGAUUUUUUUGCAAACAGUAUAUUUAAAUAACAACUGUAGCCCCAAAAUUGUAAAUAAUGAACCUUUUUCUUUAGUUUUUAAUGUCUUAUUUUAUUUAUUUAUAGUAAAUUAAAAAAUUUUGAAGAAAAAUAAAUUCGACCAACUACAGUCUUGUUAAAAUUUAGUUAAUAUUAUUUAUUGUUAGUUCCAAAUUCGUUCGUUCUAAAGGUAAUAUUUAUUUGCCCAAAUGUAAUGAACCAUUCCUGUUAUUUUUUCAGUAAUCAAUAAAGAACAGUUCCACUUAGAUAA